AUGAUGGCGGCUCUCUACAUCGUCAAAGAAAUCGAAGAAGAAGGUAAAUCUUUCACUAGUUGCAUUCCUGCUCAUUCAAGUGAGCCCACCGAACAAAUGGUCAACGUGAUACUAUUUUCGAUGCAGAUUUUGAAAAAUAAUUAUACGUUGACUGAAGAGACCGCAGAGUACAUCGCCUCACAGUUCCCCAUGUGCUACGAACAAAACGUUUUCUUCGUAGGAUCUAUCCUUAAAGCGGUCGCUAACGACGAAGCUUUCGUUAGAGGGCUUAAAAAGAAUUUGGACACGGCCAAGUUGCCCGCUGUUUUAUCUUUUGAAUGUAUGCCAAUCAUCACAAAGUUUAUACAGCAAAAAAUAAUGAGUUCUGACGUGAGCAUAACUUUCAAUGCUCCCGAAGACAAUUUUCAAAACGCUUUAAGAGAACUCAAUGCUGUAGGCUGUACCCCAACUCUUGUUCUCAAUACAAGCUGGGACGACAUUAAAUCUUUCAUCAAAUUCUUGAAGGCCGGAAAGAACGGCUUGCAGGCUCGGUUUAUCUUCUUUUUUGGAUUGUCCAUCAGCAUGGCGGCAGUAGAGGAGCUGGUCAGAGCGUGGGAUUGGAAAGAACCUUUAAAAUUUGGCGGUUCACUUGAUUGCAGCGCCACGCAAGCAUAUCUCUUGGUUCAUCGUGCUCUGAUGUUUGAAAAUAUAGAAAAAGUCUGCUAUUCUUCGCCCUCCGGGUCAGAACUCGAAAGUUUCUUUGAAAAUUUGAAAAGGCAUGGUCUUGAAAUUGAGCAACUGUCGCCCACAGACGACCUUUGGAUAACAGUGCACAAAAAGCCAAGUUCGAGCUCGGAAAUAAAUCUGUUUCCACGUCCUAGGUCCGCUGCCUUACGAGUCCGUAGAACAGGUAUUAUUUCCGUCGGUGACGUGUUCCCCGAACACAGAGGGUGUGAAACGCGUACUUUGAGUUGGAUCGCUUAGUCCCAUAUGAGUAACGUACGAUGACGGAGGCGCUGUCUUGGGCCAUAAACUAAGCUAUUCAAUGUCAAUGAGAGUCAAUGCCUUGCCUCAACAUGAAUUAACAACACUCAGCCUCAGAGCUAGAAGCCGCAGACUACGCUAGAAAACCGUAAUCCAGACCAGUGACACACUGCAUACUGAUAAUUCGCCGUAAAUCCGCAGUCAAUGCUUUAGCAUGCCUGCACUUAAGCAGGCAGUUGUGCAUCCAGCCUCACCUGCUCUGGCCUAGUCCCCUCAGGCCUAACGUACUCACGCCACAGCGACUCUCCACCCUCUCCCAACCAAUGAGAUUUGGUUAGGUCCGGCCAGCUAUGUUUAGAGAGUCGGCGUUACGUUUGUAGGUUAUGCCGAAUUUAGAACAGCCUGCUCAAGAGCGAGAAUGCUUCAGCACCAUAUGGGGACCACCAGUGAAAUUGCUGUUAAAUGUGCAAAAAUGCCGUAUUUCUAUUCUCAUUAACUUAUGAUGUCGAACUUUGCACUGUCCUUAUCUGAGAUAACAAAUAACCCUGAUGUUCAAAGUUUAAAAAAAGUGCGUAAGUAAGAAUUCUGGAU